AUGAAUAAUAAAAGUAAUCUUCAGGAUGCUCCUUAUUUUCCUCCUACAUAUUUAGUCGUUAGAUUUUCUAGAAAUUUAAAUUUAAAAUGCCUUUUAUGGUUCAUAAAUAAAAUCAAGAGUCAUAAAAAAAAUGGUGGAGGAGAACUUUUAGUUUGUAGGCAGCCUUUAUCAGAUUCUUUGACAAAGGGUGUUACUUUACAUUUAAGUGCAUCCACAUCUAGAAUUUUGGAAGUUGCUGAAGAAUUGGAAUUUCGAAAAUGUGACAAUUCAGGCUUAGUGAGAGAAUUUGUUUUGAGUGAAACAAAAUGCUUUUUAAAGGAUGGAAUGUCAGAAGAAGAUUUAUUUACCACUGCUGAAAAGCAAACUAUAGUUAAACAUGAACUGGAAAAUAUUAGAGUUAAAGAUGGUGAAAAUCAUUUACCUGGUUACCCAUUCUUGAAAGUAUAUCCUGGUCAAUCUAUUUUUCAGUUACUGGCAAGCUGCGGUUAUGUGGAAAAAUGUUUUCCUCUUCACGAAAUAGAAUACCUGAAAAAGUUUAGUCAAACUUGGUACCUGACAUUACUCAAUAAUCAACCUUAUGAGGACAUCAGGUUUUAUUUUGGAGAAAACAUUGCUCUUUAUUUCAUAUUUCUUGGUUACUAUACAUGUGCAUUGGUUCCUCCGAUGAUUCUAGGAUUAAUAGAAGCUUUAAUUCCUCAUACGACAACCGUUUUUUUUUGUAUAUUUAAUGUUUUAUGGGUCACUUUAUUUCUUGAGCUAUGGAAACGAAAAUGUAGCGAAUUAGCUUUUACGUGGGGGACCCUUGGUAUUACGGUUAUAGAAGAGCCACGACCAGGAUAUCAUGGAGAAAUGGGAAUAGACGAUGUAACUGGACGAUAUCAGCCUCGGUAUCCAAAAUGGAAAACUAAUUUAAAGAUGUAUUGCGUGUCAUUACCGAUAGUUUUUCUAUGUUUAACCGGAGCAUUUUUUUUUAUGCUUUUUUCAUUUUAUAUGGAAAAUAUGAUUAUUGAAAAUAGAAAAUUAGCAGAAGAUAAUAGUUACCUGGCAAAAGUUUUUAUUCAACUUCCAAGUAUUAUUUAUGCUGGUUCGGUAUACGUAAUGAAUUGGUAUUAUAAAAAAUUAGCUACAUAUUUAACUAAUUGGGAAAAUCAUAAAACUCAAGCACAAUUCGAUCGAUAUAGAAUCACAAAAUUAGUAAUGUUUGAAUUUCUAAACAAUUUCAUGUCAUUAUUUUACAUAGCUUUUGUAAUUCAAGAUUUGGAAAUGCUUAAAUUUCAAUUAGCAACCAUGUUAAUCAUUCAACAGGGAUUUAAUAAUUUACAAGAAGCCAUUGUUCCUCUUGUUAUUAGGCUUUAUGGAAAAAGAAUUUCAAAAUUUUUCAAGAGUAAAAAAUUUUUUUGCAAAAAUUCAUCAGCAAAUAAAGAGCAAAAACUAAAUGAUAAUUUUACGGAAGAAGUCAAUACUAUUUUGCAAUAUGUUCCUGUUUUAGAUAAAAAUGACAGCAGAAUAGAACAAGCAAUUACCGAAGCUAGAUUAGAACCUUACGAGGGUACUUACGAUGAUUAUUUAGAAAUAUUUAUUCAAUUCGGUUACGUAGUUUUAUUUUCAUCGGUUUAUCCGAUGGCAGCAUUUUGGGCAGUUACCAAUAAUUUUUUAGAAAUACGAGCUGAUGCUUUUAAAUUGUGUAAAGUUUGUCAAAGAACAAUGCCUCGAAGAGUGAAGGACAUUGGAGCGUGGCAGAGAGCUUUCGAAUGGAUAGGAGCCAUAUCGAUAAUGACAAAUUGUGGUCUUUUAUGUUUAUCACCACAAUUGAAAGCUUUAGCACCUCAAAUGUCACAAUUAGAAUGGGUACUUUUAUUCGUUUUAAUCGAACACGUUCUUUUCUUUAUACGGCAAAUUUUAAAUAUAACCAUACACGAAAAACCCGAAUGGGUUAGAACUGGAAUUGCUAAAAUUAUUUAUCAAUCUAGGCAAGCUUUAAAAAAAGAAAGAAUAUUAAAAGCUAAAAUUCAUUUAACCGAAAAGAUUAAAUCGUAG